GACGGCGACCUACAAGCAAAUAAAGCAGCACGUACACCAACCUUGACCGAAAUAUUUGUCCUCGUCAAGCGAGGGUUUAGCCGCUUGGAAGAAUAGGAGGCGGUGAUGGAAGAAGAGGAAGCCGGCGGAGAAGGAGGAGGAGAGCUUCGGCGGCCGCGGGCUCGGCACAUAAAGAAGAGGGCCCUCAAGAACAAGGCUUUCGCCGUCUCUUUCGACGAGAAGGACCUCAGGGACUUUGUGACCGGGUUUCACAAGAGGAAGAAGAAGAGACGAAAGGAAGGGCAGCAGCAAUUGGUGGAAGCUCAGCGCCGAAAGCGCAUCCAAGAGCGUAAAAAGAGAAAACUGGAAAAGGAAUUGGUUUAUGGUGGAGCUCUGCCAGACUCAAGUGCAGGACCUGAUGAAGUGCUGGAUGAUUCUGAGCAGGAUGAACAAAGUGAGCCAGUUCCUUCAGUUUCAGGAAUGACAACAUAUGACAGCGGUGAUGUGAAAGUUACAGUGACAACGAGUGAGAUAUCACGUGACGAAGAAACUCCAAGCCAGAGGCCUCAGGCAGUCGGGUCCAUUGAAGGGAACUUAAAGAAGCUCCGGAACGUGCAUGUGAGCAAGAGGCAGCCCUUCAAGAAAAUUGCAAAAAGCAGCAAACCUCGAAAAAAGCCACAUAACAAAAGGGUCGAGAAGAAGGGAAAGAAAAAAGGGAAACACUGAUCUUAACUUCUUGUGUGCUUGCCCCUUUGCCAGGUCUCUGAUUAAUCAUUUUUUCCUUGAACCUACUGGGCUGCUGAAGACAAACUAAGGUUUGGUCUCAGUAUUAUUGUGGCAGUUAGGUGGUGGGGAAUUGGGGCCUUUCAACAGAAAUCAGAAAUGGGAUACCAGUACCAGAUGCUAUUUUGCUAUUGAUGAGAACCCGCAGCACCUACUCUAUGCUACUCAUCAUGUGUGUAAAUGGUUUUUUCCUUCUUUCUCACAAGGCGGCUGCAUUAGCGGAUCCCAGUUUAUUUUAUUUGUUUCACCCUUGAACUUCUUCUUUGUUGUUAUUGGAUUUGUUAACGGGUUUUGAAUAUUCUUUCUUAGGACUGUGAAAGAACGUAUUUGUUGGGCUGCUUCUCGGAACCUAACCUAAGUGGGGGGAAGUGGUUCGUUUUGGUGGUACAAAUAUUUAAAAAAAAAAAAGAGCAGAAAGUUGUAACUUA